GCUCACUGGAAAGCAGUCUGCCUUCUACAUCAUCAUUUAGAGGAACAACUUCUGUUGAUCCAGCUCCGGGCAGCACUCCAGCAAGCCAUUGUUCUGUGUUACCCUCUACCUCAACACACCACCAAUCAGCAAACUAUGAUAGCUACCUUACAAUAAUGUCUGCAUUGUCUGAUGAGUCUUCUGAUGAGGAAUUGAACCAGGCUAUACUAGCAAGCCUGCAGAGUGAAAGUUCCAGGAUGGCUACGGGAUGUUUGGUGCCGGUGAGAGAUAUUUUGCAAGAUCUUGCAACAAAAAUAAAUCAUCAGAAGAAAUGCAAAUUCAACAUCAACCGAUCCACAGUCCUUGGGGUUUUAAACGAGGGACAUACGAUCCAUGUCACACUAUUUCUGUCAGGUUUUCUGAUGAUAUGGGAGUACCUGAAGAGGCUGUGGACUUAGGUGGACCAAGAAGAGAGUUUCUAAGACUUCUAAUGGAAGCUUUGCCCAAAUCUCCGAUGUCUGAGGGAGAAGAAGGCCAACUGAACUUGGCCUUUGACAGUACUGCCAUGAGAGAGGACCGGUACUUUAUUGCAGGCAGGGCCAUUGCAGUAAGCCUUGUACAUGGCGGUUCUCCCGCAGGCUUUCUGUCCCCAACUCUCUUCUCUUGCCUUGUUGAUGGCCCAGAAUUGGCUAAGCCAGUGUUGGAAGAUGUUGCGGAUAUUGACCUGCACGAAAAAAUUAAGAGGGUCACGGAGGGUAAAUCAUUGGAAGAUCUGCUAGCAACAACAGAACCACUUGAGGAGUAUUUGGCCAAUGCUGGCUGCCUGAGGCCGCUGCAGAGGUUGGAAGACAAGAAUCUGCUUGUAGAUGACAUCCUGAUGUUCCAAGUGAUACACAGAGUGCGUGGUCCUUUUGAGAGAUUUCGGGAUGGACUGAGAACACUUGGUGUGCUGGACAAAAUCCAAGCUCACCCGGAGAGUUUUCGCCCCCUUCUAUGCUGGUCUCCUACAAACCUCACAGCUGACCUGCUUGACAGCCUCUUCACCAUCCGCCUAUCUACAGUUGGCAGCAAUAGAAGGAGUGCUGAAGAAGUUGUUGUUCUUUUCUGGAGAGACUACCUAACAGAUGCAGAAGAUCAAGAGGGAACACAGAACCUGAGGACAAUUCUUGCCUUUGCCACUGGAGCCAAUACUGUUCCACCAAUUGGCUUUGAUCCACCACCUUCAAUUGAAUUUCUUCACCAAAAUUAUGACUCAGGAACCACUUCUAAACUUCCCAUUGCAAACACCUGCAUCAACUGUUUGAAGUUGCCACUGCACAGCUCUUACAUAGACUUCCAGGAAAAUAUGGACUUUGCACUGGGCAAUACCCAGGGUUUCGGCAUAGCUUAAUUCAUGGGCAGGCCUCCAUCUCAGUUUUCUGUUUAAAGGUCAAGUUCACACUCAAAUAAAUACAUUUUAGUU